AUGCAAGAAUCAAAAGAAAAUUUAGCAAAAAUCGAAGUUAGAGAAAUUGAUAAGAGUAAAGAACAAAAGAAAUUAGGCGAAAAGCAGGGAAGUAAUCCAACAAUUACUGAAAUAGCUGCUUCUCUUUAUCCUCCCACAGCACCGUUUGCUCAAGCUGUGUCAGCGGAUGAAUUUGUUGCAGGUACAGCAGAGGAGAAUAUUGACGAAGCAAUUGAUUAUAAAGAAUUGGAGAAAGGAGGAAAGGUUGACAAGGAAAUUGGCGAAAUCGGAAGCUUGCCAUCAAUAACACAGAGAGACGUAGAAAAAUUAACGGGAACAUAA